AUGCUGGAUAAGGAAGACCAUCUUGGUUGGCAAGAACCACUUUCGGUGUGGAACCAGAACGCACCUCGCGUUUAUAUAUGCGUCGUACUAUGCUUUCCGUGCGAUAAUCAGCGGCGGCACGACGCAGUUCGACAUAUCGAAUCUGCUCUCAAACGUCUAGCGAGAGAACGACCAGUCUUCGCCGGUAGGCUUCGGGCUAAUAGUAAUAGCGGUAGCGUCUCACUUCACCGGUCACCUUUACAAGAUAUUCCUUUCCAAGUGCUCCCCGCGAGCGAAACGAGUCGACAAGAAUACUCACGAAUGAAGGAUGCCGGUUUCCCACCAGGCGCAUUCGUCGGUUCCCGGUUCGGUGUUUCGGGCAUAGUAAGCUCCAACCUUGAUUCGAUACCGGUAUCCAAGGUACAGGCAGAGUUCCCGCCCGGUGGUCUACUACUUUCUAUGUUCUUACAUCACGGGUUGGUGGAUGGGGGCUCGUUGCGCGUCUUCCUGGAAUGCUUUGCCGCUCAGACUCGAAACACUCCAGUUAACUUGCCUUCCGAGCAGACGUUUCCGAUGUUACAUCAUCGCGGCCAGAGAGGCCCAAUUACCAUACAUAACGACAACGGUGCUACAUUCCAGCUUCUACUAAAACGAUGUCCGGAAUACACGAUGCUACGUGACCUUAGCGGCCCAACGCAACCGCGAAUCCUAAAGACUGGGCCGUCUAUGGCAAACAUCGAGAAGAUAGGCAAGAUCUUCGUUUUCAGGAACGAGCGACUGCAGGAACUCCGAGAGCUGAUUCGGUCUCGAAAUGGCGGGGUGGAGUCGCCGUCGGCUUACACAAGCUUGGCUACCCUCGCCUUUGCGCAUAUCACGAAGUCCCGCGUGGCAGCCGAAAAUAACUUACCUGGGGUAGAACCAAGACGGAACGCCAUGCUAUGGAACUCGGUGAACUGGCGAACGAGAGCCUUCAAGGGCGCUACAGAGAACUACUUUGGCAAUGCAGCCCUACCAGUUGUUACGAAGACAUUAAAGACGCAAUUAAUUGCAGCUUGCGACGACGACAGCGAACUUGCUCGUCUUGUCCCGCUCGUGAAAGCAUCUAUCGACGCCGUCGACCAAGAAUACGUCAGCCGGCGCCUCGCGAUGCUAUGCGAAGCGCCCGACCCACGGCUAGUAGGAGUGAAUUAUGACCCACGGAUGCCCGAAGCGCUGGCAUUCAACACAUGGCGACAUUUCGGCGCGGACGUCGAAUGGAACAUACCGGGAGUACCCGUAACCAAGGCGGAUGCAAUUAGGCGGGCUCACGGUUCGUGGAACCUUGGUACAGCUCUGAUACUCCCGGCCAAGGCGGACUCGAUGAAGCAAGAACUCUUUGUGAGCUUACCGGUUGAUUCGAUGAGGCUGCUGUGCGCCGACGUUGGGUGGACGAGGUGGGUUGAUAGGAUCAUAGGUUGA